CUGCAACUCAAGACCGCCAUCGUCAAGUCCUCUGUCAUCUGUCGUCAAAUCUUUUUCAUGGUUUCCCUUCGCUUUCUCCAACCCCGGCGACUCUCGCAGACACUCUCGGCGACUUCAAACGCCUGCUCUCUCUUUCACCCGCAAUUCACUCUCCGAGCACUCUGUCACUCCGCCGGCGACUGCCCUUCGCCGCAACCCGGCUCUUCACCGUCCUGCCAGCCUCAUUCCGUCGUCGCAUCGAUCUGCUCGAUGGUGCGCGAUGCUUACUACAAGCGUGCCCACGUGAGAGCAUCGCCUCCGCGCCUCUGUUUGAACGUAAACUGUGAGACUUUGACUCAUGAACAGGCCAUUACCGUCGUCGCCUCCCUGGCCAAUGAGGCUGGUUCGAUGGUGGCGCUGAGUUUCUUCCACUGGGCUAUUGGGUCCGAUAAUUUUCGGCACUUUAUGCGGCUUUAUAUAGUUUGUGCCGCGUCGUUGAUCGGGAAUGGUAACUCGGAGAGGGCCAAUGAGGUGAUGCAGUGUCUGGUCAAAAGCUUUGCUGAGAUUGGGAGGUUGAAGGAGGCUAUUGAUAUGGCGCUUGAAAUGCAGAAUCAGGCUCUGGUGCCCACUACCCGGUUGAUGAAUUUCGUCACGGAGGUCGCCUUAGGGGGUUUUCUUGACUAUGCACAGAACGUGUUUGAUUAUUUGUCUGAGAGAGGGGUUUGUCCUGAUCCUAAUAGUUACAAGCUGAUGGUCGUUGCUUACUGUCGAAUGGGGAGUAUUCUGGAGGCAGACGCUUGGUUGAGAAAACUGAUUGAUAGAGAUUUCGUUAUUGAUAAUGCUACUCUUACCUUGAUCACCAACUCGUUUUGUGAGAGGGGGUUUGUGACUCGAGCUAUCUAGUAUUUUCGGAAGAUGGCUGAUAUGGGUUUGGCACCGAAUGUGUUAAAUUAUACAUCACUGAUCAAUGGGUUAUGCAAGAAAGGUAGCAUCAAGCAAGGAUUUGAGCUUCUGGAGGAAAUGGUUAGAAAAGGUUGGAAGCCAAAUGUGUAUACUCAUACGGCAUUAAUUGAUGGUCUCUGCAAGAAGGGUUGGAGUGAUAAGGCAUUUAGACUCUUCCUUAAGCUAGUCCGGAGUGAAAAUUACAAACCAAAUGUGCUUACAUACACUGCCAUGAUUAGUGGCUAUUGCAGAAAAAACAAAUUGAACCGUGCAGAGAUGUUAUCUGGCAGAAUGCAAGAACAAGGAUUGAUUCCUAACAUCAACACAUACACGACUCUCAUCAAUGGCCAUUGUAAAGGUGGGAAUUUUGGAAGAGCAUAUGAGUUGAUGGGCAUAAUGACAGAUGCGGGCUUCAGUCCUAACAUCUGUACGUACAAUGCGCUUAUUGAUGGUCUUUGUAAGAGGGGUAGGUUUGAAGAGGCUUGUAAAAUGCUGAAAAAUUGUUUCUGAAGUGGACUGGAAGCUGAUCUGUUCACAUAUAGUAUACUCAUAAACGAGCAGUGCAAGAGGGCCAGCAUUGAGGAAGCCCUAGCACUUCUGAGCAGGAUGAUUAAACUUGCUGUGCAACCUGAUAUACAUACAUACACCAUAAUGAUUUCUGCCUUAUGUAAGCAAAAGAGAAUGAAGGAAAGCGAAAAGAUUUUUGAAGAAGCAAUCAGGCUUGGGUUAGUUCCUACCAAAACCUACACAUCCAUGAUUGGUGGAUUCUGUCGGGAUGGGAAUGCCAACUUAGCAAUAAAAUUUUUCCACAGGAUGAGUGACCAUGGAUGUCUUCCUGACAGUAUCACUUACUGUGCUUUGAUCAGCGGACUUUGCAAAGAGUCCAGGUUGAAGGAGGCUCGUCGACUAUACGACUCAAUGCUAGACAAGGGACUUACCCCAUGUGAGGUUACUCGACUGACGUUGGCCUAUGAAUACUGCAAAAAAGAUGAAUCUGCUAAUGCAUUGCUAAUUUUGGAGAGAUUAGAAAAUAAACUCUGGAUCCGAACUGUGAAAACAUUAGUGAGGAAGCUUUGCAGUGAGAAAAAAGUGGGAAUGGCGGCACUGUUCUUCCAUAAAUUAACUGACAAGGAAACCAGAGUGGAUCGUGUAACAUUAGCUGCAUUUAUGACUGCUUGUUACGAAAGCAACAAAUAUGCUCUUCUUUCAGAUCUGACCAAAAGGAUUUGUGAAGGAAAUGCUGCCACUCCCAACUUAGUUGAUGGAUCAACAUAAUUGCUAAAGUAGAUCGACAGAAAGUGCAGAGAUGGCCUAGUGAGAAUUUUGAGAUUUUUGUACAUUCUAUUAUUUGAUGUUGUAUAGAUUUGGUAAUGACUUCGAAUAUGAUCUAAGUCUGAUUUUAUUGAAAAUAAUUCAAAGAAAAUUUGAAAAUUAGACCUCUGGGAAGCUGGAUUUUCUUAUAUGCCUAUUAUUUCAGUAACAGAUCAGACCUCCGUGUUUAGGUCAGAAAAGAGGCAGUGUGACUAUUCUAAUCCAGUGAUUACUGAUCAAUCUUUUUCGAUAUAGAAAUUGUUUCAUGAUAUGAUAGCACUUUGGAUAAGUUUCUUUGAGUUUGCCUUUCACUUGAUGUGCUGUUUAAAUUUAAGCAUGAAAUGGCACUUAGCAUUACUUUCUUCCAGUUCACCUUUCACCAUUAGAACGGCAUGUUCAUCAAUUGACAGUGUCUCAGGAUCUAGUUCUUUUCUUGCAGUACGUUCAGCAUCUUUCAAAUUGAUUUCUCAAGAUUUAGAUUCUCCUUUCCCUGCUGAAUCUGGAAGAUAUUAUCUUUACGUGUCAUUUGCUUGUCCAUGGGCAUGCAUGUGUCUCGCACACAUGAAGAGUAGAGGACUUGACAAUAUCCCUGGUCAUACUGGUGCUUGCAUAGUCAGUCUCUGAGUUCGCUCAUGCUAUUUUUAUUUGAUCAGUUUUGAGUUAAAUUAUCUUAGAUACACACGUAUCGGAUGGAUUCUCCCACAACUCCAAAGAACCUGAAGCAGAGCUUGAUUCUAUUUAUGGAGCAAAAAGUAUCAGAGAACUGUAUGAGCUUGCAAGUACAAACUACUGUGGAAAAUAAUCCUAUUAUGGCAGGUUUUAAUGGAUUGAAAAAGCUGCAAUUGUUUGAAAAUGAGAACUCCAAGACUUCUGCAUGCUUAAUUCUAAGCUCCUUAAUUUGGCUGAUAAUGGAGACUUUGAUCUUUAUCCUCCUCACUGCAAGCCCAAAGCGAAGGAGCUAACUAAUGGAUAGACAACGGUAUAAACAUUGGUGCUUACAAGUGUGGGGUUGCGAAGCAGCAGGUGCCUUAUGAAGCGGUGGUCCCGUUGAAGCGGGUAAGGACAAAAAGAUGGUGACGCGCGUAUUAGAUGGGUUCUCCGUGCUUUCCAACUCUGAAGAAGCUGAGCAGGGGCUGAUCCUCUUGAUGGAGCAAGACCGGUCAGAGAACUGUAUGAGCUUGCAAAUACAAACUAUUGUGAAAGAUACUGGGUGCCUGUAAGUAACGUUUAUUGCAAUGUUUAUUUCUGCUUGUACUUCAUGUGUUUUAAGCUUUCAAAUUGCUAAAGCUACGUAUGUACUGGGCAUUUUAUUAGAUUAUAUGAAGCUGAAAUUUGUUGACAAA